AUGGUAUCCACCUGGUCUCCAGAUCUUAAUAAUGUUCAACAAUUAUGCGAGAUUUUACAAAAUUCAAUGAGCCCUAACCAUGAAUUACGUACACAAUCUAUGCAAUUAUUAGACUCAUUUAAAGAACAACCAGAAUUUUUGAAUUAUCUAUGUUAUAUUUUGUUACUAGAAGGAAAAGAUCCCACUAUUAGUGCCACUGCUGGUUUAUUAUUAAAAAAUUGUCUAUUGUUACCUCUUGAUAAUAAUAAUAAUAAUAAUGUUAUGAAUAAUCAUGGCUUGGUUUUAGACGAUUAUAUUAAAUUGAAUAUUAUCAAAGGGUUGUCUCCAGCUUAUCCUAAAUUGGUUACUAAUAUCACAGGGAUUGUAAUCACUACCCUUUUUUCUACCUAUUUUGCCAGAUCGCACAGAGAUGAUCCAUUGGGGUUACAGUUGUUACUUAAUCUACUAACAUUAGUAAAAACUGAAAAAAAUGAGGCUAGUAUUAAAGCAUUAUCAAAAAUUAUGGAAGAUGCCGCUCAGUUUUUUCAAUUACCUUGGACCGUUGAGGAGGUUAAACCUAUUGAAGUAUUAAUACAGACCUUCUUGGAGUUUAUCAGUCUAGAUGCUUAUUCUGAUUCCUUUAUUAUUAGAAGUGAAACUAUUAAAUGUUUAAAUUGUAUUAUUCCAUUAAACUCGCAGUUUUUUAUUGUUCAAUUAGAUUUUUUUUUACAAAGUAUUUUUACUUUGGCUACCAACGAUUCGAAUGAUAAAGUUAGAGAGCAAAUUUGCAUUACUUUUACUACGUUAUUAGACUUUAGGCCAGAUAAAUUAAUCGAUAAUUUACAAGGCAUUAUUCAAUUUGUUUUGCAUUUAAUUAAUAAUAGCUCUAUUGAGGGUAAUAAAUCUCGUGUUGGUCUAGAAGCUUGUGAGUUUUUAUUGAGUUUGAGUAACAAUUCACAUAUUCCGGAAAUUUUAAUUAAGCCAUAUUUACCAAGUAUUAUUCCAGCGUUGAUUACACACAUGUGUUUCGAUGAAGAGGAAAUAUUAAUUGUUGAUUCACUAAAUGAUGAGGAUGAUUCCGGUGUUCCUGAUAAAGAUGAAGAUAUUAAACCACUAAUUUCAUCAGCUACCAAGUCAAAAGCAAGACCCAACGAAGAGGAAGAGGAUGAUGAUGAUAAUGAUGUUGGUACAGACGGAGAUGAAAUCGAUACUUCUUGGAGCUUGAGGAAGUGUAGUGCAGCCACUUUGGAUUCUUUGACCAACUUGUUACCACAAGAUGUUAUCAAAAUUUCAUACCCCUUAUUACGUCAACAUUUGGCAUCUGAGAAAUGGUAUGUUCGUGAAGCAACCAUCUUAGCGCUAGGUGCAAUGGCCGAAGGUGGUAUAAAAUAUGCAUCAGACCAAUUAUCCAUCAUAAUUCCCUUUUUGGUUGAGGAAUUAAAAGACCACUGGUACCCAGUUCGUAAAAUGUCGUGUUGGACACUAAGUAGAUUUUCUCCCUGGAUAUAUAGUGAUAAUACAGAAUUCCUAUUGCCAGUAUUAGAACCUAUUUUAAACAAUGUAUUGUUCGACAAAAGGAAAUGUGUUCAGCAAGCAGCAAUAAGUUGUGUUGCUUAUUUUAUUGAUAAUGCAGAUUAUGAGAUUGUUUCGACACUCUUGUAUAAUGAAUUGUUAUCUACUUUUACUAAGUGCUUUACUACAUAUCAAAAAAGAAAUAUGUUUGUUUUAUAUGAUGCUAUUGGAUCCCUUGCCGAAAAAGUUGAAUUUGAUGAAAGAGCAAUGUCUACUGUUAUCCCACCACUUUUGAAUAAAUGGAACGUUGUAACUGAUACUGACAAAGAACUAUGGCCAUUAUUGGAAUGUCUAUCUUAUGUUAUUAUAUCAUUAGGAGAAUUUUUUUUACCAUUGGCACCUCAAGUUUUUUCCAGAGUCUGGUUUAUAUUAUGUAACUGUGUGGAAUUGGAAGCUAGAUCUCAACAAGACCCUACUGUCGUGGUUCCUGAAAAGGAUUUUGAAAUUACAUCCUUGGAUUUCAUAGAUGGACUAAUUCAAGGCUUAAAUAGCUCGAUUGAAAACACGUUAAUAUUUGCCCAAGCAUCGCCUAAUAUUUUUGAUGUUUUAUUGGAGGUGUUAAAAGAUCCAACCCAUGAGGUUAGACAAAGUGCAUUUGCUUUAUUAGGUGAUGUAGCAUAUUAUUACACGGAUAAAUUGCAGCCAUAUCAAGAUCAGCCAUAUAAGGACUAUUUACCUAAAUUCCUAGCUGUUAUUGGAAACGAAAUUAUGCAUAAUGAUGAACUUGAUAGCGUGGGUGCAGUUAAUUCUUUGAAUAAUGCUAUCUGGGCAUUGGGUUUAAUUAGCGAAAGAAUUGAUUUGCAAGAGUACAUAAUUGAUUUAUCUCGUGUGGUUUUAGAUUUGUUUUUAGGUGGUGGUGAUGGUGUUAAUGAUAAUACUGCGAUUGCUGUGCAUAUAUCCAUUGUGGAAAAUUUAGCAGUAUGUAUUGGUAGAAUGGGUAUUCACCAUCCAGAAAUCUUUAGUACUAAUGAUUCUCCCUUUUGUUCGAUAAACGCUAUUGAAAAAUGGUGCGAUUCUUGUAUUGACAUUCCAGAUCCCGAGGAGAAAACGGUGUGCUAUCAUGGGUUCAUUAGGAUUAUGAAUUUAAUAGACCGUACCAAGAUUAGAAUGAAUUGUAUUAUAUUGAAAAAAAUGUUAAAAGGAUUGAUGGAAAAUGUUGACCUUAAAGCAAUCAAUCAGGAUUUGUAUGGGUUUUUGAUAAAUAAUUCAGAACUUGUUUCUCAAUUGAAUACCAAUUCUCCUGAAUACCAAUUUGUAGCACAGAUUAUGUAA